AUGGCCAGCAAAACCACUGAAAAAGGGCAGAGACCAGUGACAAUGAGCCACCUGACCAAGUAUGACCUUGGAUAAGGUUGAAUGGGUGGAGCUAGACUAGCCUGGCCACCUGAUGAUGAAUGUUCCUGAUGUAUAGUAUCUGAAUGUAACCAAACAAAGUAUUAUCUCAGCUAGCUAAUCAAUGCUUUUUUUUCAUCCCUAUUUCCUAAUGAUGGGGGUGCAAUUUCCCAAAUAUAUUUAUGGUUGGAUUUCAUGAACAGAACCUAGAAGACAUUGGCCAUUGCUUUGUAUUGGACUAAUCAGUCUUCUCUCUUCUGUAUUGUCCAAUAGGCAGCCAGCAACAGCGAAGUGGUAUGACAGAAGGGACUCAGUCUUCAUUGAGUUCCUGGUAGAAGACAGCAAAGAUCUUCAAGUAAAGUUUGAAAAAUCUAAACUUGAUUUUCGGUAAGCUGCUUCACCAUGACCCGGGACACACUGCAGUUUAAUUGACACUGAUCUUAGGCAAAAUUGUGAGCUGUCCAUAAAUUAGGCCUAUUGCACUCGCAGGAGCAGUUUCCCGGACACAGAUUAAACCUAAUCCUGGACUAAAAAGCAUAUUUAUCUUUCUUUUAGUCCAGGAAUAAUAUUAAUCUUAUCAUCCCUUACCGUCUGCUUGAGCAAACCGUUCAUCUACAGUGCCUUCAGAAAGUAUUCACACCCCUUGACUUUUUCCAAAUUUUGUUGUUACAGCCUAAAUUUAAAAUUGAUUAAAUUGAGAUUUUUUUGUCACUGGCCUACACACAAUACCCCAUAAUGUCAAAGUGGAAUUAUGUUUGUAGACAUUUUUACAAAUUCGUUAAAAAUGAGAAGCUGACAUUUCUUGAGUAUGUAUUCACCCCUUUGUAAUGGCAAGCCUAAAUAAAUGCAGGAGUAAAAAUGUGCUUAACAAGUCACUUAAUAAGUUGCAUGAACUCACUGUGUGCAAUAAUAGUGUACCCCACACAUACAAUUAUCUGUAAGGUCCCUCAGUUGAGCAGUGAAUUUCAACCACAAAGACCAGGGAGGUUUUCCAAUUCCUUGCAAAGAAGGGCACCUAUUGGUAGAUGGUUCAAAAUAAAUAAAGCAGACAUUGACUAUCCCUUUGAGCAUGGUGAAGUUAUUAAUUACACUUUGGAUGGUGUGUUAACAUACCCAGUCACUACAAAGAUACAGGCGUCCUGCCUAACUAAGUUGCUGGAGAGGAAGGAAGCCGCUCAGGGAUUUCACCAUGAGGCCAAUGGUGACUUUAAAACAGUUACAGAGUUUAAUGGCUGUGAUAAGAGAGAACUGAGGAUGGAUCAACAACAUUGUAGUUACUCCACAAUACUAACCUAAUUGACAGAGGGCAAAGAAGGAAGCCUGUACACAAUACAAAUAUUCCAAAACAUGCAUCCUGUUUGCAACAAGGCACUAAAGUAAUACUGCAAAAAAUGUGGCAAAUCAAAUCACUUUUUGUCCUGAAUACAAAUUGUUAUGUUUGGGGCAAAUACAACACAUUACUGAGUACCACUCUCCAUAUUUUCAAGCAUAGGGGUGGCUGCAUCAUGUUAUGGGUAUGCUUGUAAUCGUUAAGGACUGGGGAGUUUUUCAGGAUAUAAAUUAAACUGAAUGGAGCUAAGCACAGGCAAAAUCCUAGAGGAAAACCUGGUUCAGUCUGCUUUUUACCAGAAACUGGACAAUAACCUAAAUCACAAGGCCAAAUCUACACUGGAGUUGCUUACCAAGAAGAUAUUAAAUGUUCCUGAGUGGCUGAGUUACAGUUUUGACUUAAAUCUACUUCAAAAUCUAUGGCAAGACCUGAAAAUGGUUGUCUAACAAUGAUCAAGAACCAAUUUCAGAGACCUAAAGAAUUUUGAAAAUAAUUAUAUGGCAAAUGUUGCACAAUCCAGGUGUGGAAAGCUCUUAGAGACUUACCCAGAAAGACAUAGCUGUAAUCGCUACCAAAGGUACUUCUACAAAGUAUUGACUCAGGGGUGUGAAUACUUAUGUAAAUGAGAUUUCUGUAUUUAAUUUUCAAUACAUUUGUUUUCACUUUGUCAUUAUGGGGUAUUGUGUGUAAAUGGAUAAAAAACAUGUAUUUAAUCAAUUUUGAAUUCAGGCUGUAACACAACAAAAUGUGAAUGUGAAGUCCAGGGGUAUGAAUACUUUCUGAAGGCACUGUAUUUUACUCUGUUUUUGUCUUUUCAGUUGUGUUGGCGGGAUUGAAAACCUCAAACACCAAAAUGAAUUGGACCUUUUCGACUCAAUUGACCCCAAUGUAAGUAUUUUUUUUCAGUUAGCUGCUGAAUCACCAACUACAAUGACCCAGAAAACCACUGCAAUGACCUGGAUGUUAAAUAGGAUGAAAAAGAUAAUCCCUCAUACAAAAUGACUUGUAAUAUAUCAUGAGCAUCUCUCUUCUUCUCCUUGCAGGAGUCCAAGCACAAACGUACAGACAGGUCUGUGUUGUGUUGUCUAAAGAAAGCAAAGGCAGGUAUUGCAUGGCCACGGUUAACAAAGGACAAGGCAAAGGUCAGAAAUGUUUUGGUACAAUACUAUUCUAUAUUCCCUCUUCUGUUUUGUAUUUCUGGGCACUUAUUCAAAAAUUGUCUCAGAGUAGGAGUGCCGAUCUAGGAUCAGGUCCCUCCUGUUCAUGUAUCUUAUUCAUCAAAAAAGCCAAACUGAUCAGCACUCCUACUCUGAGACUAAGAUCACAUAGGACAUUUUGUCUUAAAUGUUGGUUAAAAUAAUUUAGAUUUGGGAUGUCUGUUUUGUUUUCCACAGUUUCAAUGGUUGGGUGUCGAUUUCAACAACUGGAAAGACUGGGAAGAUGAUUCUGAUGAGGAUCUGUCCAGUUUCGACAAGUUCUCAGAGGCAAGCAAAGCAAGCAUGUCAUGUUGCACAAAGUGUGUAAUGUUUUGAAUGUGUUCAAUUAUUCUAGAUUUUUUAAAAUGUCUAAACAGUGAUUGUUGUCUCUUAUUUUCAGAUGAUGAACACGAUGGGAGGAGAAGAUGGUAUGCCAGAUCUGGGCAUGGGUGGUAUGGAAGGUCUAGAAGAGGUUUGUUUCUAUUUUUUUCUGUCAUCUCCAAAUGAAUUUUACAGCAAAUAUCAAAGCAAUUGCAAACGUACUGUAUACGGUGGAUGCAAGGAAAAGGAAAUCUACUUGCCUACUUGCUUUAUGUUUUGCAGUUUUGAGUACAUUUCAAACUAAUCAUCAAUUAUAAUUUUUUUCAGCACGACAGUGAUGAUGAAAGUAAGUUUUGAUAAAAAUGUUGCACAUGACCACAGAAUAUAGCAAGCAGACAUUAUUGAGCAUUUUCAUUUGAAGUUUCUUGAUAAUCAUAAUAAUAAUAAUAUGCCAUUUAGCAUACCAUCCACACAUGAGCGAUGUAGAAUUGGUUGAUUAACUUUUUACCUUAAAUCUUCUAACUUUUCAGAGAUGCCAGACCUGGAGUAA